AUGGAGAGAAGUGUAAGAAGAAGAGUCAAUUUUCUCCUUCUUCUGGUAAUUAUUAUGAUAUUUACAGUGCUGCUAUGAAGCUUUAUUUUACACUAUAAAAGUGCCCCACAAGAAAUUACAGUACGCGUUAUCGAAUAUCAUAGAGAUAUGGAUGCAGCCACUAUAGAAAUCAAAAGGAAAUUGCCAUCUCCACCGCUACAAAACUCAAUAGAGCUGUUAAGCACUAAUAAUUCAUUUUCCAAUUCUUUUUCAAGCUAUCCGCUUCUCCAAUUCCCUGAUCUUUCAGAUACUAAAAAUGCUACCUGCGUUCCGAACAAUUUUGGGUUUUCAGAUGAGGAUGCAAAAGUCUUAUUUGACCAAAACAGGCGUUUUGUGGAUUGCCUAUUUAGAUUAACAGAAGAUCUCCAUAUAAUUGACAAUAAAUUAACUAUUGACUGUGAAAAACAAUAUAAAGCAGAAUAUGUAAUGGGAUCUAAGCCAGAAGAAGAGCUGCUAGGAGAAGUUGAUUUCAAAUUUCAAUGAAAGUAUUAUUCUGAGCCUGUAGACUUGGAAGACAGAGAAUUCGCUUUUUCUAGGUGCAUGAGAUCUAAAAAGCAGGCAGUUCUGAUUAAUAAAUUCAAAAAAUCAGCCUCUGAGAGAGCUUUGAAUAAAACGAAAUCAAUUUCUGAGGAUCUUAAAAUGACUGAAACCCCAAGACCUAUGACUGUUUUAUUAGUUCUUUUUGAUUCACUUUCAAGACAACAUGCAUAUAGAAAUUUACCUAAAACUAUGGAAUAUCUAAACUCAUUUGCGGAUAGCUCUAGCAGCUAUGCAAUAUAUGAUUUCCUUAUAAAUAAUGCUCAUGGGCCUAACACACAACCUAAUAUGGUUCCGCUUUUAUAUGGAUAUGAUAGGGCAUCUCACGAAAAACGGCUUGAAAGUUUUUCAAUACAAAAUCAGGGAGACUGGUGAAAAUUUAGGGAGCUUCAGUCUGAGUCGAUCUGAAAAUUUUAUGAAAAUCUCGGCUAUGUAACAAUGCUUGGUUAUGACACAGUAUGAGACUUUGUUUCAUUCAUAACAGGCCGGGAAAUUUUAACAGACCAUGUCGCUACAAAUUUCUGACAUGCUGCUCGAAAAAUCUUUGGGUAUCUUGAUUUUCUUGAAAGGCAGCGCUGUCUAGGCACACAUCAUUCUCAUUGAUAUUUAUUAAAUUAUGCUUCUCAAUUUAUGAAAAAUUAUAAAGGUCACAAUAGAUUUGGGUACAUUCAUCUUUCGCCAGCUCAUGAGUCAACAGGAACUGUUAUUAGAACAGCUGAUAGUGAUUUAAAAGACUUUUUUGUGAACAUUUUUGAAUAUUUUAAAAACCAUCCAGAAGAAGAUUUUGCAAUUCAUUUAAUGUCUGAUCAUGGAAAACAUUCGAGGGAGUGAGAUAAGUACGAUGAAGGAUUUAGAGAAAAUCAGCUCCCUUUGCAUAUACUAAUAGCAAAUAAAGAUUUGAUAUCAAGACUGGGAGAGAAAACUGAUGAAAUAUUAAAGCACAACACAAAAAGACUUGUAAGCAGACUUGACUGAUAUUUAACUUUUAAAAAUCUUGCUUUGUCGCCUUAUGGUAAAUUAUCUUCCAACUCUGAACUUUAUAAUUUUUGAAAAUCUCAAAAUAGUCCGCCAUCAGCUCUUUCCCUUUUACUUGAAAAAAUAAAUGAUAAAAGAAUAUGUGAAGACGUUGAUAUUCCUGCUUAUUUUUGUUCCUGCAUUGACUAUGUAGACAUUCCUUUAGAAAAAGCUAGGGCCGAUCCUGAAGUAAAGCUUCUAAUAGCAUUAGGGUUGCAAUCAAUAAUAAGAAAAAUAGCAAUUGAUGUCUCAGGCCAAUAUUGCCAUAAUCCAACUCUCAAAAAUUUGCUAACUGUUCAAGAAAAGCAAUUAAAGCCAUAUGAUGAAGGAGGAAACAAGAAAAUAAAAGCAAGUUUAUCAAUCAAUGAAAGCAUAAGUGCUGUUUUUGAAUUCAUAGGAUACGUAGUAAGUGAUGAUGAAAGUUUCAAAUUUUUUAAAAGUAAUGAAGAUGGUUUGCAUCCGAUAGGAAAUUAUACACUUGUGUCUGAUAUCGAAAGAACUCCUAUGCAGCUACAAAUUCAAAGCGUUACAAGAUUAGAUAUCGAUGAAAAAUGUUUAUCAGUUUCAAAAGAAGUGCAUGCAGAUUAUAACACCUGCAUCUGCAAAUUAUAG